AUGAACACAGUUUAUGAUUCAAAAGAAAACGACAAAUCUUCUUCAUAUUCUUCUGACGCAUUUAUACCGUCGGAAAAAGAAGACAACAUAUCUUUCUCCCGUUCGUUGUUGACCUCCCGUCGUUGGCAACGAAAACGAAAGCAAAAAACAAAUACAUCAAAUUUAUCUCUUGUAUCAACAACAUCAUUAAAAAACAAUCUCACAUUACUGAGCGAUUCAUUUUCUUGUGAAAAACAAAAUGAUAAUAAUAAUAAUAACCAUACGACUAAUAACACGACAACAUUGAAAAGUCUUGAUAAUUCUUCAAUUCUUUCCAGUAAAAAAAAAUUAGAAUGGAAACAGAAUGACGGUGGUUUUCAACGAGACAUGCUUGUGAACAAUAGUGACGACGACGACUAUCAACAAGUCAUACGUUCUUUAUCAUCAUCAGCUGCAUCGACGUCUAAAUCACGUUUAACCAUGGCUGAUAGUCAUGGUAAUACGAAGACUUCUAAUACAAUAAUAAACAAAAAAAAAAGUAUUCGCGUUUUUAUUCGUCGUCGACGACGUACGAUUAAACGAGGAAAACGUCGUUUUCUACAUACAUCAUCAUCAAUCAAUUCACAUAAACCAAUGUCAUCAUCAUCGAAUAAUGUUCAAGAAUUAGUUUCAUUAAUAGAAAAAAAAAUAAAUAACAAACAAAAUAAAUUUCGACAUAAGAAAAAUAUUAUUGUUGUUAAUUAUAAACCUGUUUUUGUUAAUACUCAUAAAGAACAAUCAUGUCAAAAUACUAAAUCAACAUCAAACUCAACAUCAAGAACAAAAUCUACUCAUACUGAUGAUGAUUUUGCUUCGACAAAUCAUUAUAGUCGACAACCUAGUAUUACAACAAUAACAUCCGAUUGUUCACCAUUACGUGCUAUGUCAAAUAGUUCACAUUAUCAACGAUCGUUUUCACUUGAUGUACCUGAUGUUGAAGAUCCAUUAAAAUUUAUUGAAAUAAUGUAUCAACAAUUAUUUACUGAAGAUGGUCGUUUACGUAGUGAAACGGAACCACUUGCAUUUGCAAAUUGUGUUCAACAACUAGUAACAAAUUCAAGAAGAAAUUCUGUAUCAUCAGCAUUUACUAAUCGAUCAACAUCAUCAUAUUUAAAACAUGUGAAUCAUAAUACAAAUUAUCAACAACGAAAAUUUUCAUCAUCUUCAAAUCAUCAUCAUCAUAAACAAUCAUCAAAAGCUACAUCAUUGUCUUCAUCACCUCAUAUUAUCCUAAGUGAACAUUAUGAUACAUAUAGUGAAGAAGAAGAAGAAGAAACUCGAACGUUCAUGCGAACAAAUAAUCAACAACAAAUAAUCAAGAAUGAUAAUGAUGUACCCCGAAAUAUUCAUAAUCAUUUUCAAGUUCAUACAUCUCCAAAUUCAUAUCAUCGAAAAGAAUUAUUAACAAAUCAUACAACAACAGCAAGUAAUGGUUUUCAUAUAUCUAUAGAUGAUACAGGUAGUGAUGAUCUUGAUACAUUGUCUGAUGUUGAUGUUAUGCAAUUUAAUAAUAUAACAACACAAUUAUCACCAAGUGGUGAUGAAGAUUUAACAUAUACAGAUUCAAGACUUCUAUCAUCUGGUUAUCAAUCAUUAGAUCGUUCAAGAAAAUCUUUCCAACAACAACAACAACAACAACACCAAUCAAUAAAAUUAAAAUCUUAUUCAGAAAAUGAUUUAUUUCAUUCAGAAAAUGAAAAUCAUAUACAUUAUUGUACAAAUUGUAUACGUUCACCAAAUGUUAUUGUAAUACCACCUAUUAUAUCAACAUCAUCAUUAUUAACAAAUAUAAUUAAACGAAUACAACAACCAAUUGGAAAGAUAAUAAUGAAAUAUGUUAAUUUUAUUCUUAUUUCAAAAAAUGUUCUACUUUUACCAUUAUUUAUAUUUCUUCUACGUCAACGAUCAAUGCAUAUAGGAAUUUAG